GUUUAGUGAAACCGGGAUGUUUGGAACCGUGGAAGCUGAGGAAUAAUAGUUACCUGCAAGGAAAGAGAAAAAAAGGAAAGAGGAGAGAAGAAAGGAAAGGAAAAGACCCAAACUUUGAGAAACACCUUCAUUCUCUUCCUUCAUACAAAGCUUACCUUUUUAUCCUCGUUUUUUUCAAUUCGCGUGAAGAAAGAGAGAGAGAGAUAAAGCAAGAAGAGAAUCGACAUUACGAAUCUUUGUUCCAGAUCGUGAGAGAGGAGUUGGAAGAAUGAAGAUGAGUAUUGGGUCUUUGUUUCAGCCCUAAUUUUGCAGAAUUGGAUCUUUCUUAAUUUCGUUUCUGGGUUUGCGCUGCUGAUUCUUGUGGAUUAAAGGGUUCUUUUUGGUGGGCACAAAGUUUUUUUUUUUUUUUUUUUUGGGAAGAGGAUUAAAUUUUUCUCCUUUAGAGUCGGCGUUGAGGUUGAGAGAUUAUUAUAGUUUAGGGUUUUGGAUUUCUGAAUUGGUUAUUAUCGAUGGAGCCUCGUGUGGGAAACAAAUAUCGUCUCGGCCGGAAGAUUGGAAGUGGUUCAUUUGGAGAGAUCUAUCUUGGUACUCAUAUUCAAACGAAUGAAGAAGUUGCAAUCAAGCUCGAAAAUGUGAAAACUAAACAUCCGCAGCUGCUCUAUGAAUCGAAGUUAUACAGAAUUCUACAGGGAGGAACUGGUGUUCCAAAUGUCAAGUGGUUUGGUGUUGAAGGUGACUACAAUGUUCUGGUGAUGGAUUUACUUGGGCCUAGUCUUGAAGACUUGUUCAAUUUCUGUAGCAGGAAACUUUCCUUGAAGUCUGUCCUCAUGCUCGCAGAUCAAAUGAUCAACCGUGUUGAGUUUUUCCAUUCGAAAUCUUUCCUUCACCGAGAUCUUAAGCCAGACAAUUUUCUGAUGGGUUUAGGAAGGCGCGCAAACCAGGUAUACAUCAUCGACUUUGGUCUUGCAAAGAAAUACCGGGAUAAUACUACCCAUCAGCACAUUCCCUACAGAGAAAAUAAGAAUCUGACUGGAACUGCAAGAUAUGCUAGUAUGAACACUCACUUGGGAAUUGAGCAAAGCCGAAGGGAUGACCUAGAAUCUCUUGGUUACAUUCUCAUGUAUUUCCUUAAAGGAAGUCUUCCAUGGCAAGGACUUAAAGCUGGAACCAAGAAACAAAAGUAUGAGAGAAUCAGUGAAAAGAAAGUCUCUACAUCAAUUGAGGUAAAGUCUCAAUCACAAAGUUUGAUUCUUUAUUUCAAACUUCUACUUUUUUUUCGUUUUUACAAUAUGCUCAUUUUCCUCCAGUCCUUGUGCCGCGGUUACCCAUCUGAAUUCGCAUCUUACUUCCACUACUGCCGUUCGCUCCGGUUUGAUGAUAAACCAGAUUACGGUUACCUCAAAAGAAUAUUCCGGGACCUCUUUAUCCGCGAAGGGUUUCAAUUCGAUUAUGUCUUUGACUGGACCAUAUUGAAAUAUCAACAGUCACAGCUAACGGCUCCUCCAUCCCGUGGCUUAGUAAGUCCCGCAGUUGGAACCAGUUCGGGUUUGCCUCCCGGACUAACCAGCGUUGAUAGAUAUGCAGGCGAGGAAGAAGGAGGGAGACCACCAAUGGAUUCAUCACGAAGGAGAAUGUCAGGAGCUCUUGAAAACUCUGGCAACUUGUCAUCUAGAGGCCCAAUGAUGCCAAGCUCGUCGCUGUUUGCACAAUCAGCAGGAUCGUCGAGGAGAGUAACAUCCGAGGAGCUACAGAGAUGUCGGACAGGCGCCGGAUUAAGAAACUAUCCGGUGGUUACAACGCCGGAAGGGAAGAGAUCUUCUUCCACAAGAAAACACUACGAUUCUGCCAUCAAAGGCAUUGAGACUCUCCAAGUCUCCGACGAAAGGUUUCACCACCACUGAUCCAUCAUCCAUCCAUCCAUCGCUUAGCAAAGUUGUCGUAUUUGUUUUUCGACUCUAAAAAUUGGAGAAACGAGAAAAUUUGCUGGUUUUUUUGUUUGCUUUGAUUUUUUUCUAAUUUUUAUUUAUCUGUUUUUAAAAUUCAUCAGUGUGUGGAAUUGGAACAUCGUAUAUAGAUAGCUUUUAGUAAUACUGAAAAUGUCUUUUUCA